AGUGCGUGCGAGUCUGUCCAUCAUUUCGGGCGCGAAUGUGAGCGCGCGUGACACGUGAGCGAGCGAGGAGGAGCAGGGCGGUUCGAGUGCCACGGUCGUGGUCCACGCACGGCGCGCACGUACAACCGGUCAAAUCCUCACACACACGCGGCUAGAAUCUGGAAAACGCUCUCUCGGUGUGGCUUCAUUUUUGAGAUAAAGAAGGCAGAAGCGGUGGCGGUGGACCCCUUUUGGCCCGAAUAGGUGCAGCCCUGUCCCGUCAGCAUCUCUCACUCUGUCCCCGCGCGCCUCGGCUCCAGAGGGAGGCCCGCAGCGGCGGCAGGAUGUAGCGGCGGAUUAACGGAGGAGGAGAGAGGGGCGCUCAGAGGAAGAGAGCGGGAGCGAGCGGACCGAGGCGGGACGGAGGGGACAUGGGGAAGGACCAGGAGCUGCUCCAGGCGGUCAAGACCGAGGACUUGCUGACAGUUCAGCGUCUCCUGCAGAGACCUCGGCCCGGAAAAGCCAAGCUCCUUGGAGCAACCAAGCGGGUGAACGUCAACAUCCAGGAUGCAGACGGGUUGUCACCGCUACAUCAUGCUGCUCUGAGUGGCAACAAGGAGCUGAUCUCUCUGCUACUGGAUGCUCAAGCAGCUGUGGAUAUUAAAGACAAUAAAGGCAUGCGUCCUCUACAUUACGCCGCCUGGCAGGGGAAAACUGAACCAAUGAAAAUGCUGCUGAAAGCAGGCUCAUCUGUCAACGGACAGUCGGAUGAAGGACAGAUCCCGCUCCACCUGUCAUCUCAGCAUGGACACUAUGACGGGUCUGAGAUGCUGCUGCAACAUCAGUCCAAUACGUGUAUCUCAGACUCAGCAGGAAAAACUCCACUGGACCUGGCUUGUGAAUUUGGACGUGUCACAGUGGUUCAGCUCCUGCUCAGUAGUAAUAUGUGUGCAGCCAUGCUGGAGCCAAAACCAUCUGACCCCAAUGGCGUGUCACCUCUCCAUCUUGCCGCCAAGAAUGGUCACAUUGAUGUUAUAAGGUUGCUGAUACAGGCUGGUAUUGACAUCAACAGACAGUCUGAGUCUGGUACAGCUUUACACCAAGCUGCCCUCUGUGGGAAAACAGAGGUAGUGCGCCUCCUGCUUGAAAGUGGCAUCAGUGCAGGAGUGAGGAACACUUUGAGUCAAACUGCGCUGGACAUUGUUAACCAGUUCACCACCACUCAGGCCAGCAGGGAGAUUAAACAACUAUUGAGAGACGCAUCAGCUGCUAUGCAGGUGCGGGCACUGAAGGAUUACUGCAACAACUAUGACCUCACCAGCCUCAAUAUCAAAGCUGGAGACAUUAUUACGGUUUUGGAGCAGCACUCAGAUGGCCGAUGGAAGGGCUGCAUUCAUGAUAACCGUACAGGAAAUGACCGUGUGGGCUACUUCCCCUCUAACAUGGUGGAAGUCAUCAAGAGGGCAGGCCAUUCUCCCUCCCAGCAGUGCCACACCCUGCUGCUACGCAGGCCAAACCCAUGUCCCAUUGCCUCGGUCAACGGACACUCAUACCCUCCAUCCAAAGUGCUGCCCCUUCAUCUACCCUCCCCUCCCCCUCAUCCCAACGCACAGUCACUCCCUCGCUUCUCCUCGUUCGGGUACGUUCCGCUUCCCAUCUCUCCACCUUCUCUCUCCACUCCUCCGCCUCUGUCAAAUACUCCUCCUCCUGCUCCUCCUCUCUCCACUUCUCAGGAGCCGCAAAGUCAGACAGGUUCUCGGACUGCAGAGUUGAGUCCUCAAGGCUCGCCCACUUUGGGCCAGCAGAGCAGCACCAGCGAGGACAUCUGGGUGCUACGCAAACCGCUUACAGGGAGCGAACGCAGUGGCAGCGUGGGCAGCCUUGGUAGCGUUCGGUCGUCAAGCAGCCUGCAGGGCUCGGGUAACACGCAUGUGCUGACGACACCGGCACCCAGUCCACACCCAGCACCCACGCCGGGUGUUAACACACAUGGCCUUAAUGCCCCGGGUCUGAACGCACAAGCUGAAGGGGUCAAGCUCCUCGCCACCGUCCUGUCCCAGUCGGUAAAAGCCAAGGAGCAUCUCCUGGAGCAGUCACAGUCCAUUGAGCAGUCAGCAAGCUCUUCCACCUCCACUGUUCAUGAACGGCCCUUUGAGCGCAAAGCAGAAGAGGAUGAUGGAAAAAAGCAGGCAGUAGUGGCGUGGCUGGGUGAGUUUCAGCUGCAGUUCUACACCACCCACUUCCUCACCGCUGGAUACGAUCUAGAGACUGUGAGCUGCAUGACACACGAGGACAUGACGGCGAUUGGGGUCAUGAAGCCUGGACAUCGGAAGAAGUUAAUGUCAGAGAUCAGCAAGCUGCCCUCCACAGACUGGCUGCCAGACCAAAAGCCUGCCAAUCUGGCAGAUUUUCUCUCUCACCUGGGUCUCAGUCAGUAUUACCAGGUUCUGGUGCAGAACGGUUAUGAAAAUAUUGACUUCAUCUCUGACAUUAGCCUUGAGGAUCUUCAAGAGAUCGGCAUUACUAAACUAGGCCACCAGAAGAAGCUAAUGUUAGGCGUGAAGAGACUGAAGGACUUACAAAGAGGAGCAAGUGUCCCUGAGGCUCUUCAGAGUCCAUCCACACCUCCAUCAAGCCCAGCUGGCAGCAGCGGAUCUGAGCCACGCACAGAGGCAAAAAAACAGCGGGAUGGCGGCCCGAGCCCAUUGGCAAAACCCCGUCCAAGUAUCUCUCAUUCACAAACUCCUCCUCACACACCAACGCAAACUCCACCGCAAACCCCCACGCACACUCGAAACCAGCAGGCCUCCCCCAGAGCUCGACCGCGACCUUCCACCCAGCAGGCAGCAACGGAUUCACAUGUAACGACGCUGCGCCUCCCCAGCGAGGAGGAGGAGCGACGGAGAACUCACAGUCUGACUGGACCAGAAACAGACUCACGAUACGCCACCGUCUGCCGCAGCAGUUCCACACGUACCGCCGCUGCCAAUGAUGUCACCGUUAACCGCAGCCAGUCUUCUGUCACGCUGCGGCCCCGGCGGAAAGGUCGGCCCCCGACGCCACCGAAGCGGUCCUGUUCUUCCAUUACUGGGGGUGAUGGUGAGGGGGAAGGUCAAGUGGAGGGGCUUCUUGGACUGCCAACUUUUCGAGAGCGGAGAGCCAGCGACUGUGGCAGCCUAGGAUCAGCUUUAAGAGCUCAGGAGUCAGCAGGCCUGGAAAGAUCAGAGGGGGCUUCUGGGAGUGUGCGAAGCCUCGCCGCCAUGCUGGAAACAUCCAUUGUGAGUGGUGCAAAAACCUUGCCCAGGAAUCUGGGAAGCAGCACCAACUACCUGCAGGUCAGCCCCCCCACACUUCGUCGCCAGGCUGGUUCAGGUGGUCUUGGAUCAGAAGAUGACGAUAUUCUGAACCGACGCAGGACGAUCAGUGGACCAGACGGCGAUCAGGCACCGCAAAAACCAGCCCAACAACGCCCAGAGCCCCGACCCCGUUCCACUGUGGUCAAUUCCGCUUCAGAGGUCUCAGACAGCUCAGCGACACUCCGAAGGAAACCUCGUCCUUUACCAACAGACGAAAUUCCUGCAAACAUGCCUUCCACCGUUGUUACCAUGACAACUGGUUCAGACACCUUACGCAGGAGGCCACGCACUGCUGAACAAUCAGAAGCUGUUGCCCAAAUAAGCAAUAAACAAUCAGACUCUUCCGGCAGCCAAGCAGAUAGUAGCUGGCAGCAGAAUGGCGGUGUGGUGCUGAGGCGGAGGCCUGUAUCCGAGGCUUCUGAUAGGACGGAGAACAGCAGGGAGAGCUGUGAGUGGAUGGAGGCCAGGAAGUCUCUGAAGCCGCCCGUUUCACCUAAACCCUCUUCAGUUGCCCUGAAGAAGACGCAAGCUGACCCCCUCACGCCGACUCGUCGGGUCCCAAUACCGGGUCCUGAUAACACAGACACAGCACAAAGUCCUGAAACAAAGCGUGUUCCGCCUCCUGUGUCGCCGAAACCUCGCGGCCCUCCAACAGCUCCCAAACCAGGGAAAGCAAUGGCAGCCUCACCCGCCAUGAGCCCUGCAGCCACAAGCCCGGCAGCAUCCAGCCCCACUCUGGCCCCCAAACCUUCCUCGACACCCACCGCUGCCACCACGCCUCUUCCCGCUCCCACCAACCCUUCUGCCCCCUCUCUUUCACCAGGACUCCCCCUUAACUCUCCUUCACCCGCACAGAGUCCCUCUACGCCGUCUCCACAUCCAGUUAAACCGCCACGCUCCUCCAUUGCUGGCCUCUCAAUCGACCUCUUGGGUGGGCGGGAGGUUGAGGAGGAGGAAGAGAGGAGGACAGAGAGGGAGCAGAAGAAGCACAAAGAAGAGGAGGAGGCGGAGAGUAAAAGAGCAGAGGAGGCGAACUUGGAGGGGACGUCAUCCCAGAAGGAAGGAGGGAGUGGAGUUCCAGAGCAGGAAGAGGAGGGUGCUCAGCAUCGUCUGGAGGAGACCAGUGCCUCCUUGGCUGCAGCUUUGCAGGCUGUAGAACACAAAAUAAAUGAGGAUGAAGCACAAAAUGACAAAAAGGCAGCCGUUUCCAUCCUGGAUGAUAUCGGCAGCAUGUUUGAUGAUUUGGCGGACCAACUGGAUGCAAUGCUCGACUGAUCUUCCAAGUGUCUUUUUUUUUUCCAAAAAGCCGCCCCCUUUGCCUUUCCCUGAUCAUACGUAGGAGUGUCGAGAAAUUUCUCCAGAGGCCACAAAAGUGUGUGCAUAGACGUGACCACUCCGGAGCAGACAGAGGAGGAGGAGGAAGGUGUCCUCUUGUGGGGCUCUUUGGCGAGGCGACGCCUGUGAUGUUCUGCAGCCCAGCGAGCAGCCUCAGGUGGCUGUGGACUGAAAAGCACAACCAUGUUCCUUCUCUCUACAGACUACAAAUAAAAAUAAGCACAUAAACAGACUCACUUGAAGGACAGCGGGACAGCCAGACAAACAGGGAGCAGGCUGAUGAGUAUUUUUCAUGCAAAAAACAGGCUACUUCUGCACCGUCUCUGAGGAUGCAUUUUUCCUUGCUUGAUCUAACGCUUGUCUUCUUCUGUAUGGAUGGAGGGUUGUGGUGCACCGACCCUCCCGAUGUGUGUGCUGUCUCUGUUCAUGUUGUUGUUGCUGUUGUUGUUGUUGUUGUCCAGUUCCGAGGGUGUGUCGUCCUAAUGAAAUGUCAGUGUCCUUCUUCAAAUUCAUACUGUAGUUAUUCAAAUGAUCGGAACAAUGCUUGUAGAUUUGUGCCCAUGAAUUUCCAAGACACCAAAAGACACACACCUCCUAUUGGUUCAAUACAUACACACAUAGUACAUUAUGCAAAGACACACACAAGCACAUGGUGUAUCCCUCUUGUCCUGCUGCUGUGAACAGUGUUUUUAAAAGAUGAUCCUAUAUUUCAAUGCUUUGUAUGGUACAUUCAGGAUAGUUUAUGAUAUACAAUAUCUGGGUGUGUGAGCUGUUAGAGCUCCCUUUAGUGUUGGUUAGUAAAACUGCCUCUGCCCGGCUCUCCCUCCGUGUCCAUUAUUUGUUUACUCUGCAUCUCUCUGUGCCUUGGUAGUGUUCUUUCAUACUUUUUUUUUGUUUUCCUACACAUUUCAUUUGAUCGUUUCUCAGUUUCCUUACAAACCCAUGUCAUAUAUAUCCUUAGAAGACACCUGUAGAUCCAUUUAGUAUGUUCUUUGAGAAGCCUUUUGCAAGCCCAUUAAACAUUUAAGGUGUUAUAAGUCAGUUUUGCUGCCCCCACGCUCACAAUUUUCAGUGUAUUUCCAAUGUAGGCCAAAUAGUGGAUAAAACCGCCAGUGUUCAUCCCGAUAAAGAAUCCACUUGUAUUUUUAUGCUCUUUGGGAAAAGAAACAAAUAUAUUUGAGAGAGAUAGUUCUAUGCGAAUAAUGACAAUAUUGAUGCUAAACGUUGAUUAGAGGCGAGGUGAUGGAGUCUGUACAUUUCUGUCUGAAUGUGUUGUGAAGGCUGUUGUGCCAUGGUUGGGUCUAAGGUUGUGUUUCUGCUGUGACGAUGCAUUCCUGUACAGAUGUGAAGAGAAUAAAUCUUUAAAGGCUUACAUCGUGCCCCUGUUUGCUCUCUAAUACGAUUGAUUUACAUUUAAAUGUGUGGUGAGUAAAAGUAAAAAAUAUGAAUUUUUUUGUAAGUUUGUACUUCUUUCAAAAUGUAGCAGCUAACAGACGGAAGAGUGGAUACCAAGUUCUUAAUUUCACGACAAAAACUCAACAAGAUGCUUGCCAACAUUUUUUUUAAUCUGAGGACUGGAGCACACGUC